AAUUAUAUUCCAGACACUUCAAAUAGGGCAAACUUUGGUUGAAUUAACCAGUAUCUAUGACUGUGAUUGUGACUGUUUGCAUGAUUGAAUAGGAGUGUAGACGGUGAGAUUUUGAGGCUCCACCGUGGAUAAGCAUCCACACAGCUCCUGCACAGACAGGCUGCACAACACAUCAUCCCUCUGAAGCCAGAGGAGAGGAGGAGCGCAGAGAGGCAGAGCAGCAGGUCUCCGACAUGGCUAAAGAAGGAGCAGAUAUGACAGAGGAGACCGAGUACAUGAUAGACAAAAACGUGCUGAAAGAACCGGAAAACGUGGAGUCGUCCGGCUGCAGCGAUGCUAAAGAGAUGCGCGCGGUCAUCCUGGCAGGUUUUGGAGGUCUAAACAAACUCAGAGUGACCAAGAAGGCGAUGCCCGAGCCUCAGGAUGGAGAAGUGAAGAUACGCGUCAAAGCAUGUGGCUUGAAUUUCCUGGAUCUGAUGGUACGUCAGGGGACUAUUGAUAAUCCUCCGAAACCUCCUCUUGUGCCUGGGUUUGAAUGCUCUGGAAUAGUAGAGUCAGUAGGUGAAAACACACCAGGAUUUGAGAUAGGCGACAGAGUUAUGGCUUUUGUCAAUUACAAUGCCUGGGCAGAAGUUGUUUGCACACCGGUGGAUUUUGUCUACAAGAUGCCAGAGGAAAUGACUUUUGCUGAGGCUGCUGCCUUCUCCCUGAACUUUGUGGCGGCCUAUAUGAUGCUCUUUGAGGUCGCCAAUCUGCGAGAGGGGAUGUCAGUGUUGGUUCACUCAGCAGGAGGUGGUGUAGGUCAAGCGGUGGCUCAGCUGUGCUCCACUGUACCCAAUGUCACAGUGUUUGGGAUCGCCUCAUGUUUCAAACACGCAGCCAUCAGAGACUCGGUGACUCACCUCUUUGACAGGAACGUUGAUUACAUGCAAGAAGUGAAAAAGAUUUCUCCAGAGGGAGUAGACAUCGUAUUGGACUGCCUGUGUGGGGAGAACACAGCGAAAGGCCUGACUCUGCUGAGGCCUUUGGGAACCUACAUACUUUAUGGCGCGUCAAACAUGGUAACUGGGGAAACAAAGAGUUUCUUCAGCUUUGCAAAAUCUUGGUGGCAGGUGGAGAAGGUGAACCCUAUUAAACUAUACGAGGAGAACAAAGUCAUAGCAGGAUUCUCGCUCCUCAACCUCCUCUUCAAACACGGGAAAUGUAGUCUUGUGAAAUCUGUGAUGGACAAGCUCUUGCGUCUCUAUGAUGAAAAGAAGAUCAAGCCGGUAGUGGACUCCCUAUGGGCGCUGGAGGAGGUAAAAGAGGCCAUGCAGAGAAUUCAUGACAGAGGCAACAUAGGAAAACUCAUUCUGGAUGUGGAGAAGUCUCCCACCCCGCUGAUGGCCAGCGACAGCACAGAGACCAGCGAGGCAGGAGAGGAGGAAGAGGAGCCAGAGGGAGACAACGACAGCAAGGAGCGAAUGCCUUUCAUCCAUUAAACCCCACCGCAACACGCCUAGAGACUGCACAGAUUCACCACAGAGGAACACAACCACACACACACACACGUGUUGUGCAGUAUGUAUGUAUGCAUGUGCUGUAUGCAUGGAUGCAUGAAUGGAUGUAUGUACAGUAUGUCUUUGUGCCUCUUGUCUGUUACCUAUUGUUUGUCAGUUGAUUUAUCAAGCAAAUGUUUUGGGUACAUGAAGACUAACAACAUGUUUGUCACCCAGGCAACAAGUGCAAGUGCCAUUCGAAAAUAUAGUAUUAUUAUAUUCUUUUACGGUAUUAUGAAGUCAUGUUAUACUAGCCAGUAAUGUGAAUAGGGUUGUGUCCAUUUCACAGUUAAUUGCAUCUGCCAGUUUGUUGACUGAAUAAGCAUUUAAGCCUGCUGAUUUGCUGUUAUCACUUUAAGAUUAGUACCCUUAAAGACAGAUUUACUGAAGCACACAAGUGUCAUACUAUAACGAGCUCAACAUGUCUAAACGUUUCACAAGAUAGUGUAGAGUGGAAACCUCUUAUAAUGAUCACGUCUGUCCGGGUCGAAUUGAUCACUACAAGCAGAUGAUUAUUAUAAACUAUUUUUUGUUCUUUAUUUCUCAUGCAGAUUACCUUCGAAUUAACAUUUGUAUAUUUAUUACAUGAAUACAAAGUAAUGAAAGAGACAGCUUCAGUAUUUACUGAUUUUUACUGCUAUAUUAUUUUUUGUUCAAAUUUAAUUACUGUACUGUGUGUAAUUCAAAUACACUAUAAUAUAGUACAGUACUGUUCAUAAAAUAUAGUUUAUUGUUGUUCAAAUUAUAAUUAGGUUAUAGCCUAAGACAGCAUUGUGCUGUUAACAAAUACAGUAACAUCAGCCGUGCAAAAUACGCUACUAAGCCACAGCUUUGCGACAUUUUCAGUGUGUUUCUACAUUUUUAACAGGCCUGAAAAUAAACCGAAUCAAUGCCUAGUAUAAAAAUACAAUUUUUAUAAUAUAUGAUAAUAUUUUUUCCAUAAGUUAUCUUGUAUGGAAAGACCCCAAAUUAACUAGAGGCAAGAGUUGAAAAUUAGCAAUAGCUAUAAACUCUCAGACAUCAGUUUCAUGCCCUGUAUGGGAACUAUGUUAAAUUGCAUCGUCCAUAUCAAAUAAAAUUCAAUUAAAAAAAAUAUAUACAAUUUCAAAAAACACUGAAAGCAGAUUUCUUGAUUACACUAAUUAUUAUAUCUAUAAAUAUUGUUAUUUAAACAGCAUUUUUAUAGGAAUGAUUCUGAAGCUUUUUGAUCCAUAUAAGCGGUUUCCACUAUGAUUUUAUUCUGGCCUUCCUCAGCGAUGACAGCUGUGAAAUGAAAGCAACCGAUUGACAUAAGUUUGAGAAAAUGACCAGAAUGCUUUUAAUACUUCUGACCAAGACAGUGAAUUACUUUCUUAUGAUAAUGAUGUGUAAGCCACAAGAGGUAGAAAGGUCUGUAGAUAUUUGCAUGAUAUUUUAUUCUUUGGGGCUAACCUUUGUAAUAUUACGGGAUCACCAGUGCCUUUGAGCUACAAACGAGCGUUUGAUACUUGAAAUGCUUUCCUCGUGUGAAGUUCGCAUUGAGCAAACCAA